AUGAAGUCCCUCGUGCUCAUUACAGCGACGAUGAUGCCUAUUCUGGGCUUCGUCGGCGCCGAGAUUAACGUAGCGGUUGACUCGAAUUGUGCCCCGUCCGGCGCGCAUCUCCAGACGGGCACUUUAAAUUGUCAAUGUCAACCUAAUCAUAGCGUCUCCUGCAACGGCUUCCAGCUCUGCGGUGUCGGCAAAACCAACGCAGCCCUGUCUCUCUCUGGCACCUACACUGCCACCGUGCAGUGCACCAACCCCGGCGGUAAUGUCGUCGAGGCUCACUCGAAUCCCACCACCAGCUCAAAGAGCGGUUCCGCGGCAUCGACUAAAAACGGUUGCAUGGUCGUCUCUCCGUUAGCAAUAAGCCAGCCGAGCGACGCAGAUUUUGAGGCACAGGCCACCUGCCCGAACGGGAAAUGGAGCAAGUCGGUUGAAUCUAACACAGUCGCCCUCAGUGGAUUCACCUACACGUUUACCUUCGCCGGCUUUCCCUCUACUUGUCCCUACAUUACCAUAACCGGCUGUUGA